ACGAUCAUCUGGUGGGCGCGCAUCACUUCAAGCGUGGGGAAUUCGCCUGUGAGUUGUGCUCCCAACAUUUCUGCCAUCGCCCGUUGCUGAUCAAACACGGAGCGAUCGCCCAUAAUAACAUAAGGAAAUACUCCUGCGAGAAUUGUUCCAAGGUAUUCUGUGACCCAUCGAAUUUACAGCGUCAUAUUCGCGCCUAUCACGUCGGCGCUCGCAGUCAUCCGUGUCCGGAGUGCGGUAAAACAUUCGCCACAUCGUCCGGGCUGAAGCAGCACCAGCACAUCCACUCCUCGGUGAAGCCGUUCGCCUGCGAGGUCUGCUUCAAGGCCUACACGCAGUUCUCCAACCUCUGCCGGCACAAGCGCAUGCACGCCGACUGCCGCAUGCAGAUCAAGUGCCAGAAGUGCAAGACGAGCUUCAGCACGGUCACCUCGCUCUCCAAGCACAAGAAGUUCUGCGACAGCUCCGACAGUUUUCGCAGCGGACCACAGAGUCGCCUGGAGCAUCAUCAGCACCAGCACCAGCACCGGCAGCAGCAGCAGCAGCACCACCAGCACCACCAACACCACCAGCAGCCGCAGCAGACGCAGGCGGGGCAACUCAUAUUGCCACCUGGUGCGCAUCAGCGACUCGCUGCMGCCGCCGCCGCUGCCGCAGCCAGCAGCAACAGCAGCGACACAGCCGCCAUGGCCACGCCUCCGAAUCACAUGUUCACGAUGCAUCCCACGCACUCGUUCUUUCCGGGCUUUCCGCCGUACGCGCUGCCCAACUUCUUUACUAACUGCCGGCCGCAGCCGCUGCUGCCGCACAUGUUUCCUGGUCCGCAUCUGGGCGAGAUGGGGCGCGGCCUGGUGGCGCCGCUGGUCUCACCGAACGCUGCCUUCCAGCAGCAGCUGCAGGCGGCGAUGAGUCUCAAGCCGGAGUCGCCGCGCCUUAAACGGGAGUCCAGUACGCCGGAGCGCAAGCAUCCCAUCAAGACCGAGCUGCAGCCCAGCGACGAAGAGGAGGAGGAGCAGGAGGAGUCCAAUGCCUAUGAACGUCUAGACUCGAGCAAGGACUCGAACAAGCCAAUAACUGAGUCAAAGCCGGAAGCUAGCGGCCCACAGCCAGCAGAGCACAAUGAUCAGGAGCAGGCCAACGAUAAUGAUAAUGAGAAUGACAAUGAUAAUGAGAAUGAUAAUGACAUUGACAACGAUAGGAAAUCUAUAGACAUAAUGAGCACUCCACCGCCCACUGAAACGGAGGUGCAGCCGGAGCAGGACAAGAGCGGCGUGGAUCUGCUGCCACUGGAUCUGUCCGUCAGUCGCAAGCGCCGCAGCUCACUGUGCACGGCCAGCACGCCCGUGCCGCUGGCCAUGUCGCUGUCCAGUCGCACGUCCACGCCCGCGCUGGAGAUCGCGGAGGGCGUGGCCGGCCAGCCGCCCGUUAAGGUGAUGAAGCACAGCUCGGGAGAAUCGUCCACCUCACAUCAGUCCUUCAAGGGCAGUAGUCCCACGCCCAGUGUCAGCGCCUCGCCCGGACCCACGCCCUCGCCCUCGCCGCCCAUCAGCACGGGCGGCGAGCUGAGCAGCAUGUCCGAGAGUGCGGCGUCCGCUGCCGCCGUGGGCGCUGCCUCGGCGGCGGCUGCGGCGGCCUCGGUGAUGGCCUGCCCGCGGCAGCUGCAUCCCCAGCUGCUGCUCGAGGAGCUCUACCGCUCGCGCUUCAAUACGCCACCGUUUCAUUUUUUAGGCCAAAUGGGCGGACGGCCAGGUUUUGAGCCACUGAAAUCGCCGGCUGCUGGCAUCAGCAGCGGCAGCAGCUCGCGUCAUCUGCCGUUUCCGCCCGAGCACAAUUUCCACGAGGCUCUGCGAGCCGCCGGCCUGGCCGCCGCCGCUGCCAAUGCCUGCAGCAGCGGCGCCAGCGUCGUCGCCGCCAAUGGCGGCAAGCUCAAGGACCGCUACACCUGCAAGUUCUGCGGCAAGGUAUUUCCGCGCUCCGCCAAUCUCACCCGGCACCUGCGCACCCACACCGGCGAGCAGCCGUACACGUGCAAGUACUGCGAUCGCGCCUUCAGCAUCUCCUCGAAUCUGCAGCGGCACGUGCGCAACAUCCACAACAAGGAGCGUCCGUUCCGGUGUCACAUGUGCGAUCGCUGCUUUGGCCAGCAAACGAAUCUCGAUCGGCAUCUGAAGAAGCAUGAGGCGGAUGCGGCCGGCUUCGAGUACAACGACUCGCCCAGCUCGAAUGAGGCUGGCGACCGGGAGGAGGCCUGCUUCGAUGACAUUCGCUCCUUCAUGAAGCGCGUCUAUACGCCCACGAGUCUGGGCGGGGCGGAUGGGGACACCGAGGAGUAUGCGGGCAGCGAUGAUCAGUUGUCCGUGUCGACGCGUCACUCCGUUAGCUGUGACAAGGACCUGCUGGCCAAUGGCAACAACAACAACACCAACAACAACAACAAUAACAACAACAGCAGCAACAACGGCGGCAGCAACAACAACAACAGCAGCAAUCAGACAGGUCUAGGCGAAACGAUCGCCGUGAGCACUUAAGAGCCUAAUGAAAAACUGUGGAAACUCUGAACAAAACUGUAAAACUCUUCAAUUACUUUAAAGAAAACUUUACUUAAGCGUGCCUCCGAGAGGGAAAACUAAUCUUUAAGUAGUUCGCAUUUUUCCUUCUAGACAUUUAACCAAACACAUCAAAUGAUUUACAAACUAUAUAAAAAAUUAAAAAAAACUAAUUGUAGCUAUGCAAUCAAUGGAAAAAGACGGUGAAGUAAGCAAAAAAAAAAAAAAAAA